AUGGCAUUAAUUACACAAUUCGACGAUUUGCCGGAUCUAUUCUUUAUUGAUCUGUUUAAUUAUUUAUCUUCAAUCGAUAUUCUUUGGGCAUUUACCAAUUUAAAUAAUCGUAUUCAAACAAUAAUCAAUGAACGAGGUUUCUUUCGUCACAUCAAUUUAUCAUCAGCACGUCUGUCAAAAUUCUAUAGACUUCUUACUAUAUUUCCAUUGAAUCAAAUUGAAGCACUCAUCAUUGACAUAGAAGCAUCGCCUCUUCAACUUUCUCGCUGGCCUUAUUUACCUCAUUUGACUACAUUACGAUUAUAUGGUUUACGUGACUUUAUAGAUGCUACUAAUUUUAUCCUUCGGCACUCAACUUCACUCAUACAUCUCGCAUUGGAAACAAACGAUUUAUUUAUGUCAAUGGGCUUUACGGGUUAUAUUUCGCACCCUAGAGGACGUCUUUCAACACUUGUGGAAAAUGUUUUGCCACAUUUGAGUGCACUUUGUUCGCUUGAUUUGGGUCAAGAUAUUGGACUCGGCCUCACGAACUGGUACAUUACUACAAUACAAAGCCCUCUCAAUUAUCUUCGUGUACCGAUGGAAGACAUACCACAUUUGUGUCAUGUUAUAUCAAGAGAGACACUUUCAACUACAUUAGAACAAUUGCAUGUAACAAUGCGUGGUCUACAUUUCAAUAUUUAUCCAUGGGCUUACGAUGUUUGGUAUACUUUACCAUGGGCAUUUGAACAAUUCUUCGAGGUGGUUGAACCAAUUCAAUAUAUAACUAAAGUAGAAGUAUUUGCUUUACCUUCAUCGUACUCAUCCAUUAUUAGUUCAUCUCGACUUCGUACACUUAAUCAUAUUAACACAGUUCAUUUAUCAUUUUAUGAUUGGCCAACUGGUUUAAAUCUUAUGGCUCUUCGUCAUGUUAUAUUGACAAAUAAUCUUGUUGCAUUGAAAAACUUCUCCUCAUUUCCAUCUAAUAUUCGAUCUAUUCAAAUUCUAUUUCGUGCUAAUAUGCCGAAUUUUGUGUCAAGCAAUUGA